UAGUCUAUCGCUUCGGUUUAUGUAAAGUGAACAUUUAUGUUGAAACACAUUUGAAAGUGAUUGUGAUUUGUGUUUUUUUAUAGUUUUAAUAAUCCAAGAUGAAGCUGACGAUCCUAGCAGCACUGGCGCUGCUGUCGCCAGCACUAGGCUACAGGAUCCUGGCGAUCUUCCCAGUGCCUUCCAAAAGCCACAACCAUCUGGGGCAGGGCAUCGUUGGAGCCCUACUGAAGGCUGGCCAUGAGGUGACCUGGGCGACCCCGUUCCCUAAGAAGGAGGCGCAGAAGGGCCUCACAUUCAUCGAUGUCAGUGAAACUAUAGAGAUUAUGUCAUACAUGGACCCUCUGAAGGUGCCGCAUAUGAGCAUCGGGAAGUUGAUGGAGUUCGGGCGGAAUAUAUCCAUCGCGGCCGCCUCUAACAAGGGGGUCCGGCGGGCGCUGCUGGACAAAUAUGAUGCUGUCAUCACUGAGGUCUUCUUCUCCGAUCUGCAGGCUGGCUUCGCAGCAGUCCUCCAAGUCCCCUGGAUCGUGCUGAGCGGCACCGUCAUCCACGCCGGAGUGGAGGCGAUGGUGGCCGACAUCGGCAGCACCGCGCUGGUACCCACCAUGAUGAGCGACUCCCCAAUACCUAUGAAUCUGUGGCAGCGUUUGGCGAACACGGCUACGAUUGGGAUGAUGACUGCCGGACGUUUAUUGGACAUAUCAAUUAGCGAGAAAUACUACCACGAGAUCUUCGAGCCCCUUGCCAAGAAGAAGGGCAUCGUCCUUCCCCCUUACUCCAUGGCCAUCCACGAUAUCUCCAUCCUGCUCUCCAACUCGCACCCGUCGCUGGCGCCGGCUAUCAGUUUGCCUCCUAAUGUGGUGGAUAUUGCUGGGUACCAUAUCGCUGAUCACCGCACGCCGCUGCCUAAGGAUCUCCAAGACCUAAUGGACAGCUCCAAGAACGGCGUCGUAUACUUCAGCAUGGGAUCCGUUCUUAAGGCCUCAGCGUUCCCGGAGCAAACCAGGCAGGAGCUGAUCAGGAUCCUGGGAGCCCUGCCCUGCACCGUGCUGUGGAAGUUCGAUGAGCCUCUCCAGGGGCUCCCGAAGAACGUGCAUAUCCGGCCGUGGAUGCCGCAGCCUGCUAUAUUAGCGCACCCUAACACCAAGCUCUUCAUCACCCACGGCGGCCUCCUCAGCACCCUCGAAGCCAUCCAAGCCGGGGUGCCCCUCCUGGCCGUGCCCGUGUUCGGCGACCAGCCCGGGAACGCCGAGCGGGCGCAGCGCGCCGGGUACGCGCUGGCCGUGCCCUUCGCGCCCGAUAUGGGGGACAGGCUGAAGGUGGCGCUGGAUAAGAUGCUUUCGGAUAAUAGCUACUACAAUAAAGCAAAGGAGCUAUCCCGGCUGUUCAACAACCGGCCCGUGCCUCCCGCCAAGCUCAUCGCGCACUACGUGGAGCUCGCCAUCGAGACCAAAGGUGCACUACAUCUACGCUCCCCCGCCUACCACUACGCGUGGUACGAACGCUACAUGCUCGACCAACUCGCCGUGGUCUUAAUAUCGCUGUAUGUGGUCGUGAAGUUGGUCAAAUGCGGCCUGAAGAUGGCGCUGAACUCAAUAUUCGGAAAGCCCGCUAAGAAGGAAGGAAAGAAAGUUAAGAAGAAUUAAGAAUGUGUUCUUUAGACAAAAUGAAGUGUGCAAGUGUAA